GGGGAGGGAAACCUCUAAAAGAGUUGGGAAAUUAUUUGAAAAAUUUUAAGUGAAAAAUGACGCAAGCAAUGAAUCGCGUAGUACGUCACGAGCGUUGGCUACAUUAUACACACAUGGAAAGUGAACAGUUUAACACGCGAUUUGUUACUAAGACUUCAGCCAAUAUUGCUUUGAGUUUAUACAUUUACAUAUCCUUAUUUCCAGGGCCGGGCCCGGGUGCCUAUUUACUUCCUCCCCUCACGGGAUAUGAAAACCAUGACAUCAGAAAGCGUCGUCCUCCGGCCUAUUCUCUGGCGAAGAGAAUGGAUCCUUUGUACAAAAUUGUUACACCUGGUCCACAAUAUGCUAUUGAGAAGAACUAUACUCGCUACGGGAAAGAUGGUACUCCAGCUUACACCAUGCGUCCCAAAACAUUUAUCAUGAGUCGCUUGCAGAUACCAGGUCCUGGAGCACAUUCUCCUGAGCUUUGUCCUCGCAUGAAAGAAAUUCGACCACCUGCAUACAGUAUGUCAAGUAGAACAAAUCCACGAAAAGUACAUGAUAAUCCAAGUCCUGCUCAAUACGAAUUGCCAAAAUACUUGGGACCAAAUAUACCACUUAAACCUUCUCUACCAGCAUACUCGCUAGGAAAUAGAGAGAGGGGAGUUACAGCCUUUCCAACUCCCAGCCCAUCUGAGUACACCCCAGUGAUGACAGAAAUCUACAAGCGCAGAUAUCCACAAUAUACUAUGGGAGCAAGAUUAAUGUUUGGUUGUGAUAGGACACCAAGGCCUGGUCCUGCAGCCUACUAUCCAACAUUUAAUCAAUGCAGAGAACCUCCGAAUUUUUCUUUUGGUAUCAAACACUCACGCUAUAUGAAACCCGUAAUUUUGGAAUGCGACAAUUAAAUUAUAAAUCAGGUUGUAUUUUAAUGCAUUUGAUAAAUAAAAGAACCAAAAAUUGUAAAUGUUGUUUGUGGUUUUAUUCUAUGUUACUCUCUUGUGCAG